CACACACACACACACACACACACACACACACACAAGCCGUCUCUCUCUUUCACUGUCACUUUCAUACAGCAUUCGUUCAACUGCAGAUGUUGAAAAUUGAAUUUAAAUUUUCUUUUUUGUGGAUUAUUUUCAAGUUCAUUUAUUUUCAAUGUGUGUAAUGCAUUGAGGUUUUUUUAAUAAGUCAUGAAGAAAACAAAAAUGUUUACCAACCAUCAAUUCAAUCUGUGGCAUAUUUACACUGUUUUGAUCCUGAUUGCUGCAUCUGUUGCUGGUUUUAACAUCAACACUGAACAACCCAGAAUAUUUGAAGCUCCAAAUGACGCUUCAGCAUUUGGUUACCGUGUUUGUCAUUUUGGAUCUGGCAGUGUGUUAGUAACAGACCCUCUCUAUAAUAAUAGCACAGGUAGUGUGUAUAAGUGUGUGUAUCAGGAUGGUCAGUGUGUUCAGCUGUCUACUGAAGUCCAGUUAAAUGGAGCAUUUGGACUUGCCCUUGCGUGCACAGAACAUCGCGCCAUGGUGUGUAGUCCUCAUGUGCAGCAGGAGUGUGAAGGGUUUCAUUAUUUGCAGGGAGUGUGUGUGGAGCUCAAUGCCUCUCUCAAACAUUCUUACACACACAAACCAGUUUUCCAAGAAUGCCAUGUAAUACCUCCACUUGAUGCAGUAAUUCUCUUUGACGACUCUCAGAGUAUUAGAAAUGAAGAUUUCAUCAAAAUGAUCAAUUUCAUCAAAGAUGUAAUCAGAUCAUUCACCAACCCACGAGCACAGGUGGCUGUAGCAAAGUUCUCCUCUCGAGUCUCUGCAGUGUUUCAGUUUGAGAAUUUUGCUGCAGAUCGAAAUGCAGAUAAUUUGAUGUCAAGUAUCACACAUAGUCAAGGAGACACAUACACACCUUCAGCCAUACGCUUUGUAUUAGAGGAAAUGUUCCAGGAGAGUGUUGGAAUGAGAAACAACUCCCAGAAGCUGCUGAUUGUGGUUACAGAUGGAAAGUCUAAUGAUAAAAAUGAUAACUUCAAAUCUGUGAUCGAUCUGGCCAAUAAAAGGGGAGUGACACGAUUCGCCAUCGGGGUGGGUGAGGAGUACUCUCGAGAGGAAUUGGAACAGAUUGCCUCAGAUCCUCGUUAUGUGUUUGAGACUCCAAGUUUUAGUUCUCUUUCCUCUAUUGUGUCACAGCUCACUGAGAGGAUUUUCAGCAUUGAAGGUACAAAUGUGGGGAACUCGAGUUCUAUCCAACUAGAACUCUCUCAGGGUGGAUUCAGUGUUGCACUUUCUGAGGAGGUAAGUGUGUUUGGUGCAGUGGGAGCAUUCUCCUGGUCAGGAGGUUUGGAGGAGAAAAUGCCAAAUCUGAACGCUUCCUUCAUCAACGUAUCUACUGUGGAGGACAUGGACAACUCCUAUCUGGGUUACUCAGUUGUCAUGGCAACAGUUUUGGGGGAUCGUGUUUACUUUGCUGGUGCUCCAAGACACAAACACACAGGAGCUGUGUUUGGAUUUGCACAAGACACACACACACAACACUGGAAUGUUACACACACUGCCCAUGGGACUCAGCUGGGGUCAUAUUUCGGGGCGGAGCUGUGUGUAGUGUAUGGUGAUGACAUUGUGUUGUUAGCUGUUGGGGCUCCAAUGUUUUAUGCUGCUGGAGUUGGAGGAGAAGUCAGAAUCUGCACUUUAGAGACAAGAGCACUAAGAUGUCAGGGGGUGUUAAGGGGGUUGGGGGGGAAUGUGGAAGGCCGAUUUGGAUCUGCACUCGCAGCUCUGCAGGACCUGAAUGAAGACCGUGUGAUGGAACUAGCAGUGGGAGCACCACAAGAAGAGCAGGGCAAGGGGGCAAUUUAUAUUUUCACUAGUUACAGAGGGGGCUUCAGACCUAAACACACACAGAGGGUCUGUGGUACAACCGUAGGGCAAGCACUGCAGUAUUUUGGAUUGUCUCUUCACUCUGUGGGAGAUUUAAACUCAGAUGGUCUUCCUGAUCUGGUGGUUGGAUCCAAAGGAGCUGCUGUCGUUCUCAGGACACAGCCAGUUAUUUGUGUACUUGUGUCAUUCACACUGAAUCCACAAAUCAUACCCCAGGACCUCUUUCACUGCUCUGCCCCUCAUGGCCUCAACACCCCUAUUGCCAAUGCAACUAUGUGUCUUAAGCUAAGAGAGGUUUCCACAGGAAUGCUACAAGGUUCUUUCCACCCUAAUGUAUCUGUGUUUCUGGAGUUAGAUUUUGGAUCUCUUCUCCUCGUCUUUUGUUCUACCCGAUGUCCAGCAUUUUACACUGGAACACUACCCUCAGUAGCCUCACACCGGUGUGUCACACAUUACCCAUCACCAUCCAGACGUGUAUAUCAGACUACCAGGAUGUUCCACUUUCAGGAAGGCUCACAGUUAGUGAACAGACAGGGCGACUCGGCCUAAGACCAGUCCUACAUCCUGACUGUCCAAACACACACACCAUAACACACACGGUGUUAUUGGAGAAGGUGUGUGGUGAAGAUCACGUGUGUGUCUCAGACCUUAGUGUUUCUCUUCAAGUCAGCAGGGACAUGAUUGUUAAUAUAGAGAGUUUCAGAGUGAAUUUGUCUGCAGUGGUGGUUAAUAAAGGAGAAG